ACUAAAUCAGGCAGAAAACCUCUUUCCCUACUGAAAAGGCCAUUAGGUGGAGUUUUCCAGCUUUGAAGUCCGCAGUAUAUUCUGGCCCAUGAAACAGAAUUAAGAUGGAGCAUCCUAUAGAAUAACAGACUUUCUCAAACCCUUUAUGUGUAGGAUAGACAGAAGUUUCUUGAAAUGUUUUACUCUUCAUGGAAACAAAUGUCAAGAAAAAGAAUCUGAACAAAACCUGUAAUGCUCUGCCAAGUGCCGGAAAGGCCCCUGCUACUGUCCCCAGUAUCCAACCUUCAGAGCAGCUUUCACUAUCUACUGUGUCAGAUCUUCCCAGAAUUUUGCCCGAAGUAGUACAUCCAGAAGCUGGACCCCAGAAAAGGCGACCAGGCACUGCAAUAAUAUCAAAACGGUCAGACACUUCAAACAUGUCCCAGAUGCCACUGAAUCGGCCCAUCAUCCCACCAAGAAGACCUCAGUUCAGGGUAUGCUAUAUCUGUGGCAGAGAAUUUGGGUCACACUCUAUUUCUAUACAUGAGCCUCAGUGCCUAGAGAAGUGGCACAUUGAAAACAAUCAGCUACCAAGACAUCUCAGAAGAGCGGAGCCCAGGAAACCUGAGGUCCUUACUGGUGGCUCCUGUAUGCGUACAGCUGAAAAUGAGGAAGCUUAUCAAAGUGCUCAAGCCCAGCUCCUGCCCUGUGGAAACUGUGGCCGAACCUUCCUUCCUGACCGUCUCAUUGUGCAUCAAAAGAGUUGCAGAGGAGGUAGCAGCAGUGUGGGGCUGUCAAGGUCUAGCCCCAGUAAAUCUUGUAAAGGCUCAGGCUCUGUGUCUGGCUCAGCAAGUAAUGGUCUAUCCAAGACCUGUCAAGGAAAGAGAGGGGUUGCGCCAGCCGUAUCAGACAAGGCACAAGUGAUAAGACGGCCACCAGCAGUGCUCUGUUACAUAUGCGGCCGUGAGUAUGGAACAAAAUCUAUUAGUAUCCAUGAGCCACAAUGCCUGAAAAAAUGGCACCAAGAAAACGACAAGCUACCCAAGCAUUUGAGAAGGCCAGAGCCCAAAAAGCCUGAGGUCAGUCCCGUACAAGCCAAAGGUUUCUAUGAUCUUGAUUCUUUAAAUGAGGCUGCCUGGAUCAGCGCCCAGAACCAGCUAGUUCCAUGUGAUAUUUGUGGGCGUACUUUUCUUCCAGACAGACUGAUCGUCCACCAGCGGUCCUGUAAACCGAAACCAGCAACAUGAAGUGGAUGUAACACACAUGAAUAUCUAUGCACACAUGCUCACACACACACACACACGAACACAUACACAUGCACCCAUACCUUUCAGACAAACCAUGAGAGAAAUAAAAUCCAGCUAAACAGCCAUGAGCAUCAAAACUGUACUGUGUCAUCGGAUCACAUGCUCCAAAAAUCUCUAGAGUAAAAUCAGCAGUUGCUACUGUAUUGUAAGGUCAAAUACGGUGGUUUUUUAGCCCAGCAGUAGCCAAAAGGUCUCCUCACUUCUGUUGUUCAGGUAGCAUCACCUUGAAACCGCGCUUUGAGAGAGAUGGCAUAAGAAUACUUGAAAAUAGUGUUAACUGUCAUCUUUCUUCUCCUGAGCCUGUGCUUUGUUGAGUGCAGGAGAACCCAAGUGAAGAAUCCUCCCAGGUUGCUUUCUGAAUCACUGUGCUGUCUUAGAAUCAUAGGAUCAUAGAAUUGU